CGAGAAGCCUCUGUUCUGUGCUGGGAGUACUGCCUAUCUUUUGAAUGGCUUGCAAGAGCAAAGGCACCGACGAGGUGAAAGGAUGGUAUCACAGAACCUGCACUGCACCGGGUCGGUUGGAUAGCAAGUUAGCCGUGGUGACCGGAGCCAGUACGGGAAUCGGGGAGGCGACGGCUGCCGAAUUGGCCCGACGGGAUGCAAGGUGAUUAUGGCGUGUCGUGACCUGAAACGGGCGCAAGCUGCGGUUGAUCGUAUAUUGGAUAAAUAUGGACCAUCGAAACCAGACAAUGUCAAGUUAGACGUUGCGGACUCGUCGGUUAUUCAAUACUUGUCCGUUGUGCAACCUGAACAGCUUGUUUUGGAAUUGCUGGAUUUGGCAUCACUUCAGUCAGUUCGCCAGUUCGCAAGCCGUAUGCUGUCGAAGUACAAUAAGCUAGAUUUUCUAAUCAACAAUGCCGGAGUGGCCAAAAAUUGAUUACACCAGUUCCGUUGAUGGAUUCGAGAUGACCAUGGCAACGAACCAUCUGGGUCUAUUCUUACUCACUGAGCAACUGCUUCCGAUGUUGAAGCGCGCAGCCCCGUCAAGAAUAAUCAAUGUGUCUUCACUAGCACACAGUUUUAGCAAACAGUGGAAGCCGCAAAUUUUCAUACCUGCGAAAGAAUACUCCAUCGUAAAGGCCUACAGUUGGUCAAAGCUUGCAAACGUAAUGCAUGCAAGGGAGUUGAGCCGUCGACUUGAAGGCACUGGUGUUAUCGCAGUCAGCCUACAUCCGGGAGCUGUGAAAACUGAAUUGACAAGAGACUGGCAUGGAUUC